AGCGUCGCUCCUCCGCGGGGAAGAUUAUUCUUUUUUUUAAAUUCUUCUCCUCCUCACCUCGCUUUUUUUUUUUUCAUCGGCAUUGACUUUUGCUUCUUUGACAUAAAUCAUCUGGACAAGGUUUUCUUUCGUGAAAACUCCUCGCUUAAGUAGUAUUUCUCAUCAUCAGCGAGUCCUCCGCGGAAGGAUCUGCUUUUUCCCCUUACCUUUUCAAAAUAAAUAUAUCCACGAUGAUGAUGAUGAUGGAAAUGGGACAAGAUCACGUUUGAUUUUGGUGUUUUUCCGCUGUUGUGUCGUUGGAAGCAUCUUCAGAGGAGGCUGUCUGCCAGGAGAAGCUGACGUUUUGGAGCAGCGCUGCGGACAUCGAAGGCGACAUGCUCUCCUCGGAUGAGCCGCUGGACCUGAAGCUUCCCUCCGGAAGGACGCAUUGUCCCCUCAGACUGGGGAAGAGGACGUCAUCCUCCAUCUGCGCACCCCUCAGCGCCACACGCCCUCGUCUUAUCUACACCACUUUCCCGUCCCCGCCGUCUUCCCCAGAUUCCCAGUCCCCCUAUCAUGAGCGACCCGGGUCCUGCUUCACUCCUCCAGCCAUGGACCUCAGCCUGUCCCCUUCGUCUCGACACGCAUCCUCUCUCUCCCCUUCUCCCUCCUCCCCGUCCCUCUCGUCCCCUCCGUCCCCUGUCGAGUCCCCCUACAGCAUCAGCAGACCACACUCCCUCUCACGGGAAGCAGCACAUCAUCAUCAUAGAGGAAUGGAGGGCGACUCGUCACCUCGGCGUUAUCCUUUCUAUCUACCAAUGGCGAGCCCGCCGGCAGGUUACAGCUUUCCUUCCUCUUUACUGAUUGGUCAGAAGAGAGAGAUGCAAGUUUCACCUGAGCCCUCAUUGGACGCUCAGCUCACCUGCCGCUGGAUGAAGUGCCACCUGCUGUUUGAGUCGCUGCAGGACCUGGUGGACCACAUCAACGACUCCCACGUCAAGCCCGAAAAGGAUUCCGGUUAUUGUUGCAAGUGGGAGGGCUGCGCUCGCAAUGGGCGGGGCUUCAACGCCAGGUAUAAAAUGCUGAUUCACAUCCGCACACACACCAACGAGAAACCCCAUCAUUGUCCCACCUGUAACAAGAGCUUCUCCCGCCUGGAGAACCUGAAGAUCCACACCCGCUCGCACACAGGUGAGAAACCAUACGUCUGUCCGUACGAGGGCUGCAGCAAGCGAUACUCCAACUCCAGUGACCGCUUCAAGCACACCCGCACACAUUACGUGGACAAGCCGUACUGCUGCAAGAUGGCGGGUUGCCUGAAGCGUUACACCGAUCCCAGCUCGCUACGCAAGCACAUCAAAGCCCACGGGCACUUUGUGAGCCAAGAGCAGAGCGCCCCCAGCAGGCCGGGGCUGGGUGCUCGUCGCGGUGGUCAGUGUGCAGUGGAUCCUCCCUCCGCAGGGAGAGGGCAGGUCAUCCUUCCUGGGACAUCGGCAGCAGCCCUCCUGGGGGGUCUGGGGACAUCGCUGCCUCUGUCGGUACUGUGCCACCCUCACGCUCCGCUCUUCUCCGUGGGGGGAAGGGGCGCCAUGGGCCCGCUCGGACUCGCCGACUCGCCUCUUUUCCACUUCGGACUUACGGCGGCGUCCAUGUUGGGGUUGGGCGCUCUGGGAAGGGUGGGGCGCACCGGAGGCCGGGGGGCAAACGGCGAGGCAGAUGAGGCCGAGGCCGACAGGGAGAGGGAGAGGGAGAGGGAGAGGGAGGGGAAGGUUCUGAACCUCUCUGCGGGGGUGGGGCCAGGACCGAGGGAUUCCCUGUCCUGGGUGGUCGUCCCCCCUAGAGCGCUCCUGCUUAAACCAACCGUGGUCAGCUAGAGUGGGUCCCCGAAGGUGCUCUUAAGUGGCAUUUCUACAUUAUAUUUAAUGUUCAACCCAGGCAUAAUUCCAAGUCAAAAUAAGUAACUCAAAAUCAGUCAUUGAACUGCCCAAAAAGGGUUCACUUUUUACAAUUUGUAACAUUUUGAUAUAAAGUGUGACCGAUCCUGAAGCCAUACAAGGUGACCACUGAAUGAGUCAUGAAUGAAAUGUUUGUUUAGGACGUCUGCAUCCAUUAGGGGUCAAAGGGCGCUACAAACAAAACAAGCCGGUCAGUUUUUAAUGUUAAAAGUUGCACUUUAUCCCAUUAGAAACAAAAAAAUGUUUCCUUUAUUUUGUCUCCUAUGUACAUUCACCACGUUAUAUGUGUUGCAGCGGACAAUCAAUCAGUUUGACAAACCCCACUGAUGCUUUCGCUCACCUAUAUUCACUUUUUUAUGAUCCAUAAAUGGGAGGAAAAGCACAGUGGGGGGCUACAAGGAAAUACGACAUCAUAAUUUAACGUAUCAUAUGAAGGACUAAACAGUUAGUGGACUAUUAGGCUCUACUUAGUGUGUAUCUAUCAAGAACAGCAAGUACAGUGUAAAAAACGUUGCUUUAAAUUGAUUGUUUUGGAUAUGGCAACAAAUGGACAAAAGUAUUGGCACACACCUGGUUGGUGUCAUCAGGACAUUUUUGUACGCUCAGGUGGGUUUGGUGUGGAAGAACUUCACCUCUAGAUAAUCAAAACACUUUUGACAUCAGUGACCUCGAAAAUAUUCACAGACAAGCCCAAAUUUUGUGGAAGCUCCAUAUUUCCCCACCCCCAAUGUUUUCUUCCUGCCAGGUGUCCCAAUACAUUUGUCCAUACGGUGGAUUAUGGGAGUUUAAAGGUCCCCUAUUAUGCAAAAUUGACUUUAUGACAUUAAAUCAGGAUCAGGAUGCUUUAUUAUUGUCCAUUAUUUAACAAGUCCAAGACAUAUAAGAACUGAAAUUGAAUUAACAUAACAUAAUUAACUGAAAUAACAUACGUUACAGGGUGACAAGAACAGGACCGCAAACGGAUCAGCCACUUACGGCGCUCCUUAAAAAAGGUGGGAAAAAGGUGAUAUUGGGAAAGGGGGGAAGAGUAAAAAAUAUCAGUCAAAGGCUGGACCCUCGGGAGGGGGUCCAGACUGAGUUCAAGGGAAAAAAACUCAUUUGCCAUAGCACACAAACAUGUUACAUAUAAUCACAACAACUCGCAACAGGGGGGGAGUUGGGGCCCCGGAGGCCGGCCUGCUGCUAUAAAAUCACCAAAAUUAUUCCUAAGCGUGGCCACCGCUGCUGCUCACAGCUCCCCUCACCUCCCAGGGGGUGGAACAAGGGGAUGGGUCAAAUGCAGAGGGUAAUUUCACCACACCUAGCGUGUGUGCGACUAUCAGUGGUACUUUAACCUUAACAGUAAUAUGUGUCCCCAUAGUCCGUUUAUGAGCAAAUACAUCUAAGCCCAAGAAGUGAUUAUGCCCACCAAUUUGCAGAGGACUGAUUUGUAAAAAAAUAAAAAUAAAAAAGUAGGCUUUGCUACAUAUCUUAAAAUAUAGCUCUGCCAACUAUCCGUCAGUGGGAGCUGCAUGUUUGAAUAUUUUGUUUUUCUUCAGCAAACAUGUUAACGUUUGUGUCCUCCUGUCCUACCCCUUAAUGUGAUAUAUCCUCCUGAGAACCAGUGUCCUCUUCAAUGGACAUUUGUUUUCUUUUGGUCUUUCUUUGGCCAAAAGUACACAUUUUGGGUGGAAAAACCCAGCCACGAUACACAAAUGUCCAAUGCAGAGGACGCUGGUUCUUAGGAAGUUAUGGCAUCUAUUAGGAUAGGGUAUACUUUUAUUGAUCCCACAGUGGGGAACUAAUGUGAGUCCACAAAAAAGUAUUAAAAUGUAGUACAAAAGUGCCCCCAAAGGGUUUUAUUUUCUUUUACGCCGCCCCAUCCCCCCAGGAAGAAGAAAACAUUUUGCUCCCCCCUCCCCAGCUCUCCACCGUGACUAUAAAUAAUGUAAUUUGUCUAUAAAAUUGUUAUAAGUACACCUCUGCAUAACAUUGUAUCCUUAACAUUAAAGAAAACAAAAAAGAAAGAAAGAUUAACUCAGACCAAAAGAAUAACUUUAUUAACAUUGUUUUUUAGUCUGUCACAGAAAAGACUGAAAGUAAUUAAAAACAAAAUUCAGUCCUUAUUUAUUCCAGGAAAAAAUGUUGGCCGAUAAUGAAACAUGAAAAUAAAAUAAAGUUAAUUAAUAACAACACAUUCUAGUUGAUCACAACAUUAACUCAGAAGCACAAUAUAUCACACACUAUAACCUACAAAACAACAAUUAAAAAAAAAAAUGGUGCACAUUUUUUUAAAUCAAAAUGAAGAAGUCAGGAUGAAGGGCUACAAUUAGAGCGUCCGCCCUGAGAUCGGUAGGUUUUGAGUUCAAACCCCAGCCGAGUCAUACCAAAGACUAUAAAAAUGGGACCCAUUACCAAGGGUUGGAAUUGGGGGUUAAAUCACCAAAAAUGAUUCCCGGGCGCGGCCAGCGCUGCUGCUCACUGCUCCCCUCACCUCCCAGGGGGUGAACAAAGGGAUGGGUCAAAUGCAGAGGACAAAUUUCACCACACCUAGUGUGUGUGUGUGACAAUCAUUGGUACUUUAACUUUAAUUAGCACUUUUUGUAAUGCACAGCUUUUCAAAGCAGGGUGUGACGCAUGAUACUGAUAAAGCAUGUUCCCCCGGGUCACACAUGCCGUGCCUGGCAUUUAUUUGGAAAUAACUGGUUUAAACCAAAAGGUAAACACAUGAAAAAAAUGAGGGAAACAUUAAAGAACACCAAAAAAAAGCACCGAGCUGCCACUUCAUUCGCGCCCGUGUUUACAUACAGCAACAAAAGUAACAGUGUGUCUGUCAAAAGUGCACAAUAGCGCUUCUUGGGAGACACGGCUCAUUAGCAAAAAAGCUACAGACACCUGAGACACACUGCUGAAAAACAACCCCACACCAUAAUUCCUCCACCACCAAAUUUUCAAAUCCACUAUUGUGGGCCAACGAGAUUUAAUCGUGUAAUAUGGGACCUUUAAGAAGUCGACUAUGAACUCUUGCGUUUUUGGGAUUCAAACCCUACAUGAAACUAUAUGUCUCUUGCAUUCUAUUCAUUACUCUCGCCGUUGUGGACAGUGUGACGUUUACAGUCGCAGGACAAAAAAAAAAAACCAACACUAGAAUGCAGCUUUUUUUUUUUUUUUUUUUUUGCCAGGUUACUUUGCAUGUUAAUUAUCCACAGACAAAGGUCCCCUCAGGACCUGCCUUAUCUCCUCCUGGAGGUUUGAUGAUGGAGCAACAAUACAAGGAGUGUGUUCCGACAGGUCUACAAACAUGUCUCGCCAGAGUGAUUUAUUCAGACUUGUUUCAAGACCUUUUUUUUUUACUUUGAAGUAAUGCAAAAAAAAAAAAGGUAUUUACUUGGUAAGCAAAAAAAAAAGCCUUUCAACUGCUUUCAAGUGUCGACAUUGGCCAACAUGAGGCCUGUUAUGUUGUUAUAUCUACGAUCGCUAUCUCCAACACUAUCUCAACGAGUGCCUUGUGUUCCCGAACAAGUGUAUGUAUCAUUUGUAUCAUUGCAUUAAAACCUAUUUUUUAUUCUGUCUAUUUCGGGAACUGAAAUUGUUAUAACUGACAACAGAUGCGAUUUGUGCAUCAGGGCCACUGUGACCUUUUUGACGAUGACGUAAUGUCAA